AUGGGUGUCGGCCGGAGGAGGCUGGCCCCACUCUGGGCCCUGGCCCUCACUCUGGCCUGUGCCCAGCACACAGGCCAGGCCCGGAACAGCGCUGCAGAGCUCAGCUUCGAGCACCCAGACCUCCCUCCUGCCCCUCAGGGGCCUGGCGGCACCGGCCUCCGUGGAGUGACCAUCCACCCGCCUCUGAGGACCGUCCCUGUGGUGCAAGCCCUGAAUGCGGCCCACGGCGGGCGGGUGUGCAGCACGUGGGGCGACUUCCACUACAAGACCUUCGAUGGCGACGUCUUCCGCUUCCCCGGGCUGUGCAACUACGUCUUCUCCGCACACUGCGGCUCCGCCUACGAGGACUUCAACCUGCAGCUCCGCCGUGGCCCUGGGCCCAACAGCACUGCGCCCAGCAGGGUCACCAUGAAGCUGGACGGCCUGGUUGUCAGGCUGACCAAGGGCUCCGUCCUGGUCAACGGCCGCCCAAUUCAGCUGCCCUUCAGCCAGUCCGGGGUCCUCAUCGAGCACAGCAACGGCAAUCUGAAGGUGGUGGCCAAGCUGGGCCUGGUCUUCAUGUGGAACCAGGACGACAGCCUCCUGCUCGAGCUGGACGCCAAGUACGCCAACCAGACUUGCGGGCUGUGCGGAGAUUUCAACGGCGUCCCCGUCUACAACGAGUUCUUCUCACACAAUGUCAGACUGACCCCCACCGAGUUUGGGAGCCUGCAGAAGAUGGACGGCCCCACGGAGCAGUGUCAGGACCCUGUUCCCGAGGACGCUGGGACCUGCUCGGAUGACUCUGGCAUCUGCGAGGAGAUGCUGAGCAGUGAGCCGUUCUCGGGCUGUGCCCGCUUGGUGAACACCAGCAGCUACCUGGAGGCCUGCCGGCACGACCUCUGCCACUGCAGCCGGGUCAACCUCACCAGCUGCCUCUGCCACACCCUGGCCGAGUACUCCCGCCAGUGCGCCCAUGGUGAGAAGGAGCCCCUCCCCGGCCCCCCGAAUCACACAGAGGCAUCACGGGUCCCAGGACGGAGCCCCUGAGGUGUCCCUGCCCCUGGGUCCGAGGAGCCCUCUAGGGCAGGCCCGUGGUGGGCAGGGGCCGUACCCCUCCCUACGCCCUCUCAGCAGACAGUGCGGCACGUGCCACAUGGCCUGCCUGCCUCUGCAGGGAUGGUGCUGGACGACAUCGGCCAGGCGGGCUGCGUCCCCGUGUCCGGGUGCUCCUGUGUAUACAACGGGGCCACCUACGCUCCAGGGACCGGCUACUCCACAGGCUGCACCAACUGCACCUGCUCUGGAGGCCGCUGGACCUGCCAGGAGGCGCCGUGCCCGGGGACCUGCUCGGUGCUGGGUGGCGCCCACAUCUCCACGUUUGACGAGAAGCAGUACAGAGUGCCUGGGGACUGCAGCUACGUGCUGGCCAAGCCUUGUGACAGCAGCGCCUUCACCGUGCUGGCCGAGCUGCGCAGGUGCGGGCUGACCGACAGCGAGACCUGCCUGAAGAGCCUGACGCUGAGCCUGGGCGGGGGCCACACGGUCUUCAUGGUCAAGGCUAGCGGGGAGGUGUUUGUGAACCAGAUCUACACCCAGCUGCCCGUCUCAGCAGCCAACGUCACGCUCUUCAGACCCUCCACCUUCUUCAUCAUCGCCCAGACCCAGCUGGGCCUGCAGCUGGACAUCCAGCUGGUGCCCAUCAUGCAGGUGUUCGUGAGGCUGGCGCCGCAGAACCGAGGGCAGAGCUGCGGCCUGUGCGGGAACUUCAACCAGAACCAGGCCGAUGACUUCCGGACCAUCAGCGGCGUGGUGGAGGGCUCGGCCGCUGCCUUCGCCAACACCUGGAAGAGCCAGGCCGCCUGCCCCAACGUCAAGAACAGCUUCAAGGACCCCUGCUCCCUCAGCGUGGAGAACGGUAAGUACGCUCAGCACUGGUGCUCCCGGCUGACCGACCCCCACGGCCCCUUCGCCCAGUGCCACUCUGCCGUGGACCCCAGUACCUACUACUCGAACUGCCUGUUCGACACCUGCAACUGUGAGAAGAGUGAGGACUGCAUGUGUGCGGCCCUGUCCUCCUACGUCCGGGCCUGCGCCGCCCGAGGCGUGCUGCUCAGUGGCUGGCGGGACGGCGUGUGCACAAAGCCCAUGGCCAACUGCCCCAAGUCACUCGUCUACCGCUACAACAUCAGCACGUGUCCACCCACCUGCCGGUCCCGGAGUGACGAGGACGUCACCUGCAGCAUCAGCUUCGUCCCCGUGGACGGCUGCACCUGCCCCGAUGGCACCUUCCUGGACGACGCCGGCGCAUGUGUGCCGGCCGCCAGCUGCCCCUGCUACCUGCAGGGCUCCGUGAUCCCCAACGGGGAGUCGCUGCACGAGCAGGGCGCCGUCUGCUCCUGCACCCAGGGCACACUGACCUGCAUUGGAGGCCACACCCCAGACCCAGUCUGCGCCCCACCCAUGCUCUACUUCGACUGCCGCAACGCCACGCCCGGGGCCAGCGGGGCCGCCUGUCAGAAGAGCUGCCAUGCCCUGGACAUGGACUGCUACAGCACCAAGUGCGAGCCCGGCUGUGUGUGUCCCGACGGGCUGGUGGCCAGCGGCGAUGGCGGCUGCGUCCCCGUGUCCGCCUGCCCCUGUGUGCACAACGAGGCCAGCUACCAGCCAGGCCAGACCAUCCACGUGGGCUGCAACACCUGCACCUGUCAGAGUCGGACGUGGCAGUGUACCGACCAGCCCUGCCUGGCCACCUGCACGGUGUAUGGGGAUGGCCACUACCUCACCUUUGACGGGCGGCGCUACAGCUUCAGCGGGGACUGCGAGUACACGCUGCUCCAGGACCACUGCGGCGGGAAUGGCAGCACCCAGAACAGCUUCCGCGUCGUCACCGAGAACGUGCCCUGCGGCACCACAGGGACCACCUGCUCCAAGGCCAUCAAGAUCUUCCUGGGGAGCUACGAGCUGAAGCUGAGUGACAGGAAACUGGAGGUGAUCGAGACGGGCCCUCGGCCACCCUACUCCAUCCACCAGAUGGGUAUCUACCUGGUGGUGGACACGGAGCUGGGCCUCACGCUGCUGUGGGACAAGGGUACCAGCAUCUUCCUCAGACUCAGCCCCGAGUUCAAGGGGAGGGUCUGCGGGCUGUGCGGGAACUUCGACGACAAUGCCCUCAACGACUUCACCACACGGAGCCAGUCUGUGGUGGGCGACGUGCUGGAGUUUGGCAACAGCUGGAAAUUCUCCCCGUCGUGCCCGGACGCUCUGGCCCCCAGGGACCCCUGCACCGCCAACCCGUACCGCAGGUCCUGGGCCCAGAAGCAGUGCAGCAUCAUCAACAGUGCCACCUUCAGCGCCUGCCACGCCCACGUGGAGCCAGCCAGGUACUACGAGGCCUGCGUGAGCGAUGCCUGCGCCUGCGACUCGGGGGGCGACUGUGAGUGUUUCUGCACGGCCGUGGCCGCCUACGCCCAGGCCUGCCACGAUGCGGGCGUGUGCGUGUCUUGGCGGACCCCGGACACCUGCCCUCUGUUCUGCGACUACUACAACCCCCAGGGCCAGUGUGAGUGGCACUACCAGCCCUGUGGGGCGCCCUGCCUGAAGACUUGCCAGAACCCCAGCGGCCAGUGCUGGCCCGACACCCGUGGCUUGGAAGGCUGCUACCCCAAGUGCCCACCAGAGGCCCCCAUCUUCGACGAGGACCAGAUGCAAUGUGUGGCUUCAUGCCCGACCCCAUCCCCACAACCCCCCUGCCACGUUGGAGGCCAGUCUUUCUGGCCAAACUCCACGGUGCCCUCGGACAGGAACUGCUACUCCUGCGUCUGCACCAAGGGUGGCGUGCAGUGCGCCUACGACGCGAACGCCUGCGUCUGCACCUACGACGGGAGGCCCUUCCAUUCUGGGGACGUCAUCUACCACACAACGGAUGGCUUGGGGGGCUGCAUCUCGGCCCACUGUGGGGCCAACGGCACCAUCGAGAGAAGGGUCUACACCUGCAGCCCCACCACGCCCACACCCCAGACCACCUUCUCCUUCUCGACAUCCCUGCCCGGUAACUUGACUCCUGGGAAAACAACCCUCUUGACUCCCAGCCCAGUGCCAGUUUCAACAACAAUUUCAAACACAACCUCUGUGUUGUCCACAGCUCCAAGGCCCUCAGAGCAGUCCUCACCUGAGCCCACCACGGUCACCUGUUUACAAGUCUUGUGCAACUGGACUGAGUGGAUGGACGGCAGCUACCCUGGGCCAGGGAGAAACAGUGGCGAUUUUGACACUAUUUCGAAUCUCAGAGCCGAAGGGUAUAAGUUCUGUGCAGAGCCCAGGAGCGUGCAGUGCCGGGCAGAGCGCUUCCCUGACACCCCACUGCAGGAGCUGGGCCAGGAUGUGGUCUGCGACAAGUCCGUGGGCCUGAUUUGCUGGAACAAGGACCAGCUGCCCCCCAUCUGCUACAACUACAAUAUCCGCUUCCUGUGCUGCGAGCUGGUGGACACUUGCAGGACAAACACCGCUUCCCCUGCUGCGCCUGCCACCACACGGACAGCCACAGCUGGAGCCAGCUCUACCUGGGCCACUGGGACCCUCUCCACUUCCACAAAGCUCAGCACUGCCAGCUCACCUCACAUGACCCCAACAAGACGGGCCACGCCCAGCACACACAAGCAGUCCUCUCCUGGGACCACCCCCUGCAAGCCAAAGUGCAGGUGGACCAAGUGGUUCGACGUGGACUUCCCAAUGCCCGGGCCCCACGGGGGAGACAAUGAAACCUUCAGCAACAUCAUGAGGAAUGGAGACACUAUCUGCCACCGACCUGAAUCCAUCAGCAAAGUGGAGUGCCGAGCCGAGAACCACCCCGGGGUCAGCAUCCACGAGCUGGGCCAGCUGGUACAGUGCCGCCAGGAUGUAGGCCUGCUGUGUCGGAACCAGGACCAGAAGGGCAAGACCAGGCUGUGCCUCAACUACCAGAUCAGAGUGCUGUGCUGCGAGCCCCAGGAACACUGCCCUCCCGCCACUGUCACAGUAACCAGCACCUCCAGUCACAACCUCGGCUCCUACAACAAGCUCAACCCCUGUGCAGACAAGCAGCACAACCUCGGCUCCUACAACGAGCUCAACCUCUGUGCAGACAAGCAGCACAAUCUCAGCUCCAACAACCAGUACAACCUCUGUGCACACAAGCAGUGCAACCUCGGCUCCAACAAGCAGUGCAACCUCUGUGCAGACAAGCAGCACAACCUCAGCUCCUACAACGAGCUCAACCUCUGUGCACACAAGCAGUGCAACCUCAGCUCCUACAACGACUCCAACAACCAGUACAACCUCUGUGCAGACAAGCAGCACAACCUCAGCUCCUACAACCAGUCCAACCUCUGUGCAGACAAGCAGCACAACCUCAGCUCCUACAACCAGUCCAACCUCUGUGCACACAAGCAGCACAAUCUCAGCUCCUACAGUAAGGUCAACCUCUGUGCAGACAAGCAGUGCAACAUCGGCUCCUACAACGAGCUCAACCUCUGUGCACACAAGCAGCACAACCUCGGCUCCUACAACGAGCUCAACCUCUGUGCAGACAAGCAGCACAACCUCAGCUCCUACAACGAGCUCAACCUCUGUGCACACAAGCAGUGCAACCUCAGCUCCUACAACGAGCUCAACCCCUGUGCAGACAAGCAGCACAAUCUCAGCUCCUACAAUGAGCUCAACCUCUGUGCACACAGGCAGCACAACCUCGGCUCCUACAAUGAGCUCAACCUCUGUGCACACAAGCAGUGCAACCUCGGCUCCUACAACGAACUCAACCCCUGUGCAGACAAGCAGCACAAUCUCAGCUCCUACAACGAGCUCAACCUCUGUGCACACAAGCAGUGCAACCUCGGCUCCUACAACGAGCUCAACCUCUGUGCACACAAGCAGCACAACCUCGGCUCCUACAACCAGUGCAACCGCUGUGCACACAAGCAGCACAACCUCGGGUCCAACAAGCAGUGCAACCUCUGUGCAGACAAGCAGUGCAACCUCGGGUCCAACAACCAGUACAACCUCUGUGCACACAAGCAGCGCAACCUCGGCUCCAACAAGCAGUGCAACCUCUGCACAGACAAGCAGCGCAACCUUGCCUCCUACAACCAGUGCAACCUCUGUGCACACAAGCAGUGCAACCUCGGGUCCAACAACCAGUACAACCUCUGUGCAGACAAGCAGUGCAACCUCGGCUCCUACAACCAGUACAACCUCUGUGCAGACAAGCAGCACAACCUCAGCUCCUACAACGAGCUCAACCUCUGUGCACACAAGCAGUGCAACCUCAGCUCCUACAACGAGCUCAACCCCUGUGCAGACAAGCAGCACAAUCUCAGCUCCUACAACGAGCUCAACCUCUGUGCACACAAGCAGUGCAACCUCGGCUCCUACAACGAGCUCAACCUCUGUGCACACAAGCAGCACCACCUCGGCUCCUACAACCAGUGCAACCUCUGUGCACACAAGCAGUGCAACCUCGGCUCCUACAACCAGUGCAACCUCUGUGCACACAAGCAGUGCAACCUCGGCUCCUACAACCAUACAACCUCUGUGCACACAAGCAGCACCACCUCGGCUCCUACAACCAGCUCCACCUCUGUUCCUGCAUCUGAGACCACCCCGUCCCCACCGGGGACCACACCUUGCUCCUGCAGUGUGUCUGGACAGUUGCACUCCGCAGGGUCCAACAUCUAUCAAGUGACUGACCUAUUGGGCCACUGCUAUUAUGCCUUUUGUAGCCUGGACUGCCACGUGGUCAAGGGAACGGCCCCCACCUGUCCCACCAGCAUGCCACCUCCCACCCCGACCACCUCCUCACCAGAGUCCUCCCCUUCUACCUCCGUGUCAGUCCCUCCACAAGGGUGCCCAAAUGCAGUCCCCCCAAGAACGAAAGGUGAGACCUGGCCCAUGCCCAACUGCUCUGAGGCCACCUGCCAGGGCAACGGGGUCAUCACGGUGAGCCCGCGCCGCUGUCCGAGGGUGCAGAAGCCCACCUGUGCCAACGGCUACCCCGCCGUGCAGGUGGCUGACCGUGACGGCUGCUGUUCACACUACCAGUGCCAGUGCGUGUGCAGCGGCUGGGGGGACCCACACUACAUCACAUUCGACGGCACCUACUACACGUUCCUGGACAACUGCACGUACGUGCUGGCACAGCAGAUCGUGCCGGUGUACGGCCACUUCCGCGUGCUGGUCGAGAACUAUUUCUGCAAUGCGGAAGAUGGGCUAUCCUGCCCACAGUCCAUCAUUGUUGAGUACCAGGAGAACCGCGUCACGCUGGUCCGCAAGCCCGUCCACGGGGUGAUGACUAAUGAGAUCAUCUUUAAUGGCGAGGUGGUAAGGCCCGGCUUCCAGAAAGGCGGCAUUGCUGUCUCCCAAGUCGGCAUCAAGAUGUACGUGAGAAUUCCUGAGCUCGGUGUCCGGGUCAUGUUCAGCGGCCUCGUCUUCUCCGUGGAAGUGCCCUUCAGCAAGUUCGCCAACAACACAGAAGGGCAGUGCGGCACCUGCACCAACGACCAGAAGGACGAGUGCCGCCUGCCCGGGGGUGCGGUGGUGGCCUCCUGCUCCGACAUGUCCAGCCACUGGAAGGUGGCAUACCCCGGCCAGCCGCCCUGCAACGGGCCUCCCCCGACGCCCACCCCAGUGGAGCCCAGGACCUCGCCUACCCCGUGCCCACCUUCGCCAAUCUGCCAGCUCAUUCUGAGCAAGCCCUUCGAGCUGUGCCACGUGCUGAUCCCGCCCUGGCCGUAUUACCAAGGCUGCACCUUCGACCAGUGCCACAUGCCCGGCAUGGACGUGGUGUGCUCUGCCCUGGAGCUCUAUGCCGCCCUCUGUGCGUCCCUUGGCGUCUGCAUCGACUGGCGGGGCCAGACCAACUACACGUGCCCCUUCACCUGCCCUGCUGGCAUGGAGUACCGGCCGUGCGGCCCGCCCAGCCCCUCCUACUGCUACAUGAACAGCAGCGCCAGCCCCCUGGCCCUCCUAGAACCCAGUCCCAUCACGGAAGGCUGCUUCUGCCCACAGGGCACAAUGCUGUACAGCUCAAGCAAGGAGGUCUGCGUGCCCACUGACUGCAACGCCUGUGACAUCAGACACUGCCCUGAGCCCGAGCCCUGCCCGAAAGGCUCGCACGCCGUCCAGACCUACAGAGAGGCGGCCUGCUGCCCGGCCUACAGCUGCAGCUGGACCGUCUGCAGCAUCAAUGGCACCCUGUACCAGCCCGGCGCCGUGGUCUCCUCCAGCCUGUGUGAAAAAUGUUGGUGUGAGCUGCCGGGGGGAGCCUCGUCAGACACCUUUUCGAUCAACUGUGAGACCCAGAUCUGCAGCACCUCCUGCCCCCUGGGCUUCAAGUACCAGGCUCGGGCCGGGCAGUGCUGUGGUGAGUGCGUGCAGGUGGCCUGCGUCAUCAACACCAGCAACAGCUCUGCCCACCUCUUCUACCCGGGCGAGUCCUGGUCAGACCCCGGAGACCACUGCAUCUCACAUGAGUGUGAGCGGCACCAGGAUGGGCUCGUGGUGGUGACCACAAAGAAGGCGUGUCCCCCGCUUAACUGUUCUGCGGACGAGGCUCUGCCAAGCGAGGACGGCUGCUGCCUCUUCUGCCCCCUACCCAACCGGUCGGCCUGCGCGGUGCACCACCAGCUCCAGGUCCUCCGGCUGCAGGGUUGCAGCUCCCCCGGGCCCGUGCGCCUCGCCUACUGCCGGGGCAACUGCGGGGACACCACCUCCGUGUACGUGAGCCCGCCCCCGCCCCACCCCGCGGGGCCACCACUUCCCUGGGCGUGAGCCCCUACCCCCCCUCUCACCUACACGGAGGUGGAGGAGUGCGGCUGCGCGGGCCUGCAAUGCGACUCCCCCGGCGGCCUCGGCCUCUCGGCGGUGGCGCUGGAGCCAAGGCCGGAGAGCGGGCUCAGGCGCCGCGGGAGAAGGGCCCCGCGGGCCCGGCCCCUUCAGUAG